UCAAAUCGACUAGAAAACCMAACAAAAUGUCUGGACGUGGUAAAGGCGGAGGAAAAUCAAAAGGCAAAGCAAAGUCCCGUUCUUCAAGAGCUGGUUUACAGUUUCCAGUUGGUCGUGUCCAUCGAUUUUUACGCCGUGGAAACUACGCUUCCAGAAUCGGCUCCGGCGCUCCAGUUUACUUGGCUGCUGUACUAGAAUACCUGUCAGCUGAAAUCUUGGAGCUGGCYGGAAAUGCUGCCCGUGACAACAAGAAAACGAGGAUAAUWCCUCGCCAUCUUCAGCUGGCCAUUCGCAACGACGAAGAGUUGAACAAGCUUCUUGGAGGAGUCACCAUUGCUCAAGGCGGCGUUCUCCCCAACAUCCAAGCCGUACUUUUGCCAAAGAAGAGCGAAAAGAAAGCUCACUAAGCAGUAUUCAAUACUAUCAAAAACGGCUCUUAUAAGAGCCACCCACAUGUACAAAAGUGAAUGAAUCAAAAUGCUGAAGUUUGCUGAAUAAAUAUUGAAUGAAAUAGAAAUUAUGAAAACAUUUUGUUUUGAGUAAUGUUCUUUCGCCCUUUUUUUACUAAAAAUCAUUGUCAAUCAACGUAUUUKUAUUAGUUAUUUGCAAAAAGUUGUCACUAAA